UAGCCUAAAGUAUAUAUCAUAUUUUUGACUUUGUAGCUUAAAAACACAACUAACGAACAUGGCUAAACGUCUCCUUCUUCUUAUUCUUCUUCGUCCUCUCUUCUUGGCUAUUCUUCUUCUUGCCGUCACCGUUACAGAAUCCGAAGCUUACUCCACAACGACGCCGUUUCAAAGACAUAAGCCGGAGAAACACACCCACCUCCACUUCUACUUCCAUGACGUCAUCUCCGGUGACAAACCCACCGCCAUCAGAGUCACCAAACCCACCGUCACAAACUCUUCAGCCGUCUCAUCAUUUGGUGUGGUUGUGAUCGCCGACAACCUGUUGACCGAGGGACCCGACCGGACCUCGAAGGAAGUGGGGAGAGGUCAGGGUAUGUACGCAUCGACCGACAUGAAUGCCUUAACCUUCACGAUGGUCUUUAACUUGGUGUUCACGGAAGGAGAGUUUAACGGCAGCACCGUCGCGAUGUAUGGACGGAACUCGGUUAUGUUGGAGGUGAGAGAGAUGCCCAUCAUUGGAGGCACCGGUGCCUUCAGGUUCGCUAGAGGCUAUGCACAGGCCAAGAAUUAUAAGCUUGAUGGUUUAGAUGCCGUCGUCGAGUACAACGUUUUCAUUUUGCAUUAA